AUGUCUCCUCGCGACUGUCUUGCGCAAUGCCCCGGAUUGUCGGGGCUAAAUGCCUUUGUGCGGCCUCUGUCGGUUGCCGACGUCAAAUCCUGCGUUGUUGUUGAAAGUACGUUUCCGGAGCACGAGCGAUGUUCGGAGGAGAAGUUCCGAUACCGGCUCACCAUGUCCCCAGAGCUAAGCUUGGGUCUUUUCCUCAAGACUGAAAACGGGGAUCGCCAUAUCGGCCACGUUAUCGGGAACAAGCUAUCCUCCAAUUCUAUCACAGAAUCAUCAAUGCAUAUGCCUGCAAACUGGGAAUCUCAGCCAGCCAAUGAGCCUUGUGUACUCGAUGGUCAGACUGUCGGACACGACCCAAAGGGUGAAAACCUCGCUAUACACUCAGUUGUCACCAUUCCCGAAUUUCAAGGGAGGGGGAUUGGAAAGGCUCUUGUGAAGGCGUAUAUUGCAUUCGUCAGGCAGGAGGAAAUACCAGCAAAGAACAUCCUACUUAUCGCCCAUGACUACUUGAUAAAAUUCUAUGAAAGUGCAGGAUUUGAGAACCAUGGGCCGAGCGCGUGUCAGUUUGCGGGUGGUGGCUGGUAUGACUUGCCAGAAUCAACCAUUUCCGACUGGGCCCUCGGGAUCACAGUGUAG